CUUAGUCUCACUAGUCUUCUUUUAAUAGAAGAAGAGCACGCACCGUCUCUCCUCACCCGACAAAUGGCAUUAUCACAUCCCCAACGCCAAGUAGAGAUAUACAUGGACUAUAAUAGGAGCACUUCAACGCCUAGUGGGAGGGGAGAAACUAAAGGCAGCAAAAGAAGUUGGGCCAGUGUCCAAUUCCACUGAACACCGAUUAGACUUUGCCAAUUCUAUUGCCUUUUUGACUUUGGUCUCUAAACGAAUGAUCUAGGUUGCAUAACAUGCGCAAUAAAAAGGGGUCCAGGGCAUCGCCAUUCGCCAAGGAGUGCAAGGCACAUGAAGGCAACAGACGGGAUUCCAUUAUCCAUUAAGAGCUUGAGAGAUAGUGCUGCACUGUUGAAGAGCUAGGCCAUGGCGGCAAUGAAGAGGGCACCGGCUCUGUGUCUUCUGAUCAUCUUGUUGGCAUUCUACCUCUUGGUUUCCUCCAGUGCUGUACCUCACUCAAGACCAUUUGUUUCUGUGGCUUGCAGGACUUCAAAAGAUGCCCAUGGAAGAGACUGGGCAGAUGCCAUCGGUGAAAAGCAGCACUCUAGAGCCAAAGAUGGAAAUGAAGAGGUUUGUGCCGGAAAAUGUCGAAUCCGUAAUCUCCGAGAGGAUGGCCUUCGAGACUCAGGACUAUGGUCCCCCAGGGCCCAACAACCACCACAAGCCACCGGGCUGGAGAUGAGCGGCAUCACAUACUCACAGCGAUCACUUUGACCAGUGCCGUGCUCUUGGUUGAUGCUGAAGAAACGUGAUGUUUAAAAAAAAGAAAUGUGAUGUUUGGUGUGUCUAAUCUAUAUCUAUACCUAUUUCUAAAGCAAAUAAGAUUUCUAUCUAAAUUUUUAGUUUGAUCCUGUGUUAUUGACAGGUGGGUCUUAGUCCAUCCCAUAUGCAAGUCGGACUAGCCCUCCGUCCACCACUUGAACAUGUAGAUCACUACAAAUUAACGCACGAGCAACUAUAUAUAUAUCCGACUUA